AUGGACUCCUCGAGUGGUGAACCUGCAGUGAAUUUUAUCUGCACAAGUCUGAGGCAACGCCCCAUGUGGGCAGCAACCGCAGUUGAGCUGAUCCAGUUUGAAACGACUCUCGGGACUCAUGAUGUCGCUCUAAGUAUCCCGAACGCUCAAACCGGUGCCGUUGAUCCCUACUAUUUCCUACUUCUCUCCCCGGAAGACCUCCUCAAACCGCCCACAAUUCCCCGAAUCCAACACCUCCACCGCCUCACCAGCGGUCGCCAUGCGGGCCUUGUCUUCUCCCUCCGACCCCAAGGGCCCGGAGAUACCGUCCAGCCUGCCAUGCAGCCGUUCAUGGAACUGCACAUCGAGCUCCUAACCAACAACUGCCUCCUCCCCAUCAUCCCUGUCCCACCGUUUGCCCCUGAUCCAGACUCGGGAAGCACAAACGCGGCCACCGUCACGGCCGCUCAACUAGACGCCGCCCUCCAGACCUUCCGAACAUCACUCAGCGCUUCGCGUGCCGCCGCUGCCGCUGUAGACGGAGUAAACGCCAAGCAUGACCUGCUUCCCCAGGCCACUACCCUGGCUAUUGCGAACGGCAAGCCGGUUGGGAUGUCCCCGCAAGCCGUGGAGGCGGUGAGUAACCGGUGGAUGAGUAUGAGAGAGAUGGUGUGGGAGAUGUCGAUGCAGAAUGGGCGGAUGGUAGUGAGCGAGGCUGUGGGAGCGAGGGAGGGGGGGGGGUUGGUGGGAUUCUGGGACUACGAGUUUGCUACCAGCUAA